AAGUGAUGACACAUGCUCCUAACAACUUUCCGCGGUUCCGCCUAUACCUUUCCUUCCCUGCCGCCGUUUCGUAGGAUGGUUUGGUUGCCGCAACUCCGGUAGGAUCUAGGGUUUAGUUUUACUCACUUUCCUGCCGCAAACUCCGGAGCCGCAAGAUGAAACGCCUCCGGUCCUCUCUACUCUGCCACCUCCGUCGAGCACCCGAUCCCAAACCCGAAAACAAUGCUCGCCGGCUCAGUUGCGCGGCCGCAUCGGAGCAGCGGAUGCCGUACCGGGACCGCCGGGUGCUGCUGGCCAGGGCGUACCCUGAGCACCCGCGCGGGGUGCUGCUUGCCAGGGCGUACACGGAGCGCCGGGUGCUGCAUCAACAGCCGUACCGGUGGCACCGGGUGCUGCUAACAAAACCUUACUGGCGGCGCCGGGAGCUUCUCCCGCGUCUCGCGAAGCAGAGCGGGUGGAAUUUCCCAACGGAAAAGGCCUGGGGCUCUUAUCCGAGAUCUGAGAUUAUCUGGAAAUAUGCUAACCCAAAUAUUGAUUACACAACAUGUAUGCCCGCUCUGAAAUACGUCAUGAAGUAUCCAGUGGUGGUCCUGAAGAAGCUAUUUGGUGAUUACUGGUUCACAGAGUUUUUGACAAGUAGCGGGUCAAAACUUAUUUCUGGAAUGGCAUUGCUUUUGGUGAAGGCUAAAAUCAAUGGUGUCUCAUUUUAUCAUCCAAUUACUCCAGACAACUUCGUAGUUGAUCAACAUGGAAAUCUACAAAUCAAAGAAGAGACACUAAUGAAGCGUGGGAGUAGCUCUAGCUCUGAUUUUGAUAUUGCUUUAGCUGCUGACACAUUAGUGUGGAUUUUCACAUAUUUGUGUGGCAACACACUUCCGUCGUCAGUAUGGAAUUUCACCAAUCUUAUGAGGGUCCCCAGUGUUGAGCAAAUGCACCAUAUGCUGAUACAUCCCGUUGGCAUGGAGCAGCAUGAAAUUGCUCCAGCCUUCCUUCAAGCUUUUGAUACUGUAAUGCGCUUAUCAUCAAAGGGUGAGCGGACAUGAUACAAUCAAGACAACACUUCCUCUAGGAUAAAUUGCAGAAGAAACUGUGAGUACCAUAGAUUUGAGUGGCUUCAUCUUUUAUCCAUGUAUGGUGUCAGAUACACUAUGUCAAACAUCACUGAUCUGUUACAUAUGAAACGAAAGGCGGACAUUCUUCUGCCCCAAAUCUAUAAGCAAUGCUUGAGUAAA